AUGGAUUCCAAAGAGACUUUUGAACUAGCCUUCACCGAACCCCCGGGUAACCUGGCCGGUCUCCCCAUUGAACACCUCAGUCUGCCCACACCCCAUGUAUCAUGGGGUCUCACAUAUGAAGAAUCAUGCGCAAAGCAUCUGGAACAUACAUUCCAUGCUUCCAGGGUGUAUAUCAUCGCGUCUGGGUCUCUGGCGCGUAACACGGACAGAGUCGACAGGCUGAUCAAGGCGAUUGGUGAAAGCAAGGUAGUCGGCGUAAGGAAUGGAAUUACGCCCCAUACGCCAUGGUCUGAGAUAUUGAGCAUCGCGGCCGAGUGCCGGGCUGCUAACGCUGACUCCGUCGUUACUCUUGGCGCUGGCAGCAUAACUGACGGUGCCAAAAUUGUCCUUCUGUGCCUUGCCAAUGAUAUUACUGAGCCAUCUCAGCUGGCUCGUUACUCGAUUGAGAGUACCGAAAUUCCAGCAAAUGUUAAGGAGCCCACGAUUCCCCUCAUAAAUAUUCCAACAACUCUAUCUGGAGGAGAAUAUUUCAGCACCGGCGGCGGAACCGAGGAUUCUACACACCACAAACAUGGCUUCAUCCACUCUGGGAUGGGCUCUAGACUUGUGAUCCUUGAUGCGGAGCUCUCCACACUCACUCCAGAGUACCAUUGGCUGAGCACAGGUGUGCGGAGCAUCGACCAUUGUGUUGAGGCGCUGUGCUCUCUGGGAUCAACGGCCAAGUCUGAUGAAUAUGCCGAGAAUGGCUUGAGAAUGAUCGUUCCAAGUCUGAUGAAGUGUAAAAAGGAUCCCCAGGAUAUUCCCGCAAGACAUAAGUGUCAAUUGGCCGCGAGGUUUGCCAUGGCCAACCUCAGGGCUGGGAUUCCUUUGGGCGGAAGCCAUGCUAUCGGCCAUCAGCUAGGCCCAUUAGGAGUUCCGCACGGUAUUACCAGUUGUAUCAUGAGCCCCGCUGUGAUGGAGUACAAUAUCAAGUAUGGAUCUGAGAAUCCACAGAUAAAAGCACGCCAAGAUAAAGUGCGAGAUAUUCUCUGGUCUGAGCCUGAAGUUGCAGCGGCACUCCGAGAAGCAGGCCUCUCGGAUAUGUCCAGCCUUGGUCAACUCCUCGAUGCUAUCAUUCGUGCACUCGGCCUCCCCAGGUCACUUCACGAGGUGCAGGUUGGCAGAGAUAUCUUCCCAGCACUUUCGAAAGGGGCUCUUCGUGACUUCUGGUCACCUACUAACCCUGUACCGUUGCUCAGGGAAGAGCAAGUCCAGGAGAUUUUGGAGGCUGUUGCUUAG